GCACCACAACAACAACAACAACAAACACGCACCGUACGGCACCACUGUCCACCCAGCGACAACCAUGGCAGCCCCUCCUCCAGAGGUCUAUCUUGCAGAGGGAUUCGACCCGAGCACCCUCAGAGUGCCGCAGCUUCGAUCUGUCUUACUCGCCCAUGGCAAGGGCUACCCUUCCCGCUUCACCAAGGCCGAACUCGUUCAAGAAUUCAUUACCCAUAUCACCAGCCAGGCACCCGAUCUUCGUUCAGCUGCGGCAAACGUGCAGCCGUCAAAUAAAGGCAUUAUAUCUGUCUCAGACAACGGUGACGAGACGCCUGCGGUUCCAAUCAAACGACCCCGCAAAUCGCGACGAGUCGCCGCGGAGCCGGUGUCGGCGCAGGCAGAUGAAGCGGAACCUGGAAUGGUUAUCGAAGUGGAGCCUGACCGUCCUGAGCCUCCAAUCAAGAAGAUGCGCCCUAAAGCAAAAAAUGUUGUAGUUGAGCUUGAGCAGUCUCCGGCGAAGAGAAAAUCGAGGAUGGGGAAACAACCGAUUAUUCAGGUCGAAAAUGCUGAUCGGGAAACAGAAGCAGAGCUCAAAGUUGGACCCACAAUUGAACUGCCGACUUCCUCCCGCCGAACAACCGGUGGCCGUGCCUCUGGGACCCCAGGCCCAUCCGCCUUUGCGACUGAAGCCCCAUCGUCAUCUUUAGGAACAGAGAAAUUUCGCACUCCUAAUGCGGCUCGUACUACUUCCCAACCUCACAGUACCAGGAAAAGUGAGUCAACGGCCAAGAGUAUGGAUCACGUUCAGAAAGAAAGUGAAAAGGAAGAUGAGAUGUGGCAAAUCAGCAAAGCCAGAGCGUCAAGGAGGUCUGAUGGGGAACAGUCUAGCUUUUCAGACUUCAAUCCCUUUCAGAGUGGGAGUGAGGAGGCCGCCGAACGUGAAAGGCGCCGUAGAAAGUCCUCCAUCGGUCUCGGAUCAUCCAACAAAUUAAAGACCACAAAACCUCGAUCAUCCGAACCAGUCCCAGCUUAUGUCACGACGCCGCCUGGGAUUCUUCGCCGAGUAGGUCCUAGCAGGGACAACAUCCGCACCCCUCUUUCCGACGUCAAACGUGCCAUGCACUCUGGCUCAGAUUUAGACGCUGCGGUGGCGUAUAACCAAGAAGUUCAGGAGAAACUCAACCGGAUCUCGGCCAGCCAUACUCGUGAUGGAAGAGACGAGACUGAAGUCACCAUACACUCUUCCAUCAGCUCCUUCCACGGUCCAAAGUCUCUUGCUAAACGCGUCAAUGACCAAAUCAAUCAAACUGUCCCUGCUCCUCGAGCAACUCUGCCGCUCUCCGUGCUUUUCCUUCUCCUCCUCACCUUCAUAUCCAACUUCCAGAAGCAAUCUUCAUCUAUAGGCUUCUGCGACACUGGCUUGAAUACCAAUGAGAUAGCUCUUCAUCGUCAAGCAUCUCGCUCAGAAGCCGAAGCGUGUCUGCUAGAUAAAGCCAAACUCGACAUGGUAGAUAAGGACGCAGCCACGAAAAUCGUGUGCGACACUACAAACUUACCGCUUAUUCCUUUCUUGCCCGUUCCUACAGGCUGCACAGCGUGCCCUGCUCACGCUCAAUGCUCACAUGGUGAAAUCGUCUCAUGUGCUCCAGAAUACAAACUUGUGACACACCCCAUGUCCUUUCUCUCGCCUUUAGCAAACGGCUUUCCUGGCAUUGGUCCUCGCCCUUUCCCGCCUGCCUGCAGGCCUGAUACUGCGAAAAAACGCCUGAUCGGGGCGCUUGCAAAAGCCGUGGAGAAGAGUCUUGCUCAGCAUAGGGGCGAUAUCAUCUGUCAAAGUUUGAGUCUCGAUCAAGGCGAAGUGGAAAGAUAUGGUGUGGAUGAGGAGGAACUGAGAGAAAGGUUUAGCGGACAGAAAAACUCCAAGUUGGCGCGCGAGGCGUUUGACGAGCUAUUCUCUGCGGCCAUCAAAGACCUGGUAGAGCAUGAGGAUCUGGUUGUAUUCAUCGAUGUUGAGAAUGACAAGACCAGCUAUGCUGCCGCUAGGACAGAGCUCACCCUAGCCUGUCGGGCAAAACUCGAAGCGACAGAUCUGCUACACAGAUGGAAGAGCCAGCUCGGUUCUACUGCUGCCGUCCUCCUAGCGAUUGCCUAUAUUCGCUCUGAAGUAAACCGCAGGAAGCAAGAAAAAUACCGUGCCGAGGAACUGGUACAAGUCGCCUUGAAACGCUUGCAAGAUCAGGAACAAUUACAUUACACUGACCCCGUGACUAACCCUCAACCUUUCAUCCCGCGCGAUCAACUACGCGACCUCGUUAUGCCCCAUACGGGUUCGACUGCUUCUCGCCUGAGGCUGUGGGCAAGAGUACUCGAUAUGGUGGAACGCAAUGCGAAUGUUGCAGUCAGGGAUCAGGAGUUGAAGGGCGAAAUCUGGAAGACUUGGGAAUGGGCUGGGGUCGGAGAGAGACAUGUUACUUGGGAGCAAUGAUGACACGUUUUAUGGUUUGUUAUUAAUCUGUCUUGGGCUUCUUUAUGCAGUUUUCAAAUUUCCCUUGCAUUCCUUAUUUGU